CACUGAGUGGAGCUUUCCCCAGUGGUGUGGGGCUCUGGCCCCGGGCAGAGGUGGCUAUGGUGAGGCAGGGGUCCGUGGGGUACCGGCCUGCAGACUGCUCUCUGCUCAGGCCUGAAGGCCAAGUCCCGCCACCCACCCUUCAGGUGAGGUAUGAACCAGGCUGUGCCAGGGCCUCCAGCGGCGUGGGGGCAGGCGCGCCCCCCACCGGGGCUCCCGGAAGACAGCGGUCAACAGAGCGGCCCCUUCUAGAACCCGCGGCCACGGACUUCUAGAACUCGCGCGCGGCCCACCCUGGGCCGCCACCUGGCCUCGCUGCCCUGACUCGUCCGCUGCUCCUGCCCCCAGCCCUGGAAGCUCUGGCCUCUCGGGUACACGGGCGGCUGUGGGCAGUGGGCGGCGGCUGUGGGUGAACCCGCCCAGCUGACGCCAGUGCCUGCUCCAGGACGCCAAGGGCCGCAUGAGCGGCCUGCCCACCACCUCCGGGUGCAAGCGCUUCCACCUUUGGGCCCUGGGAUGCUUCUGCACCGAGCGCCACCUGGCCAAGCGCCUCAAAAACAACAGCUUCUACCCGUUCACGCAGCAGCUGCCCAAUGUCUUCGUGCUCGAGUACUACCUGGACACGCUCUGGAAGGGGAUGGUGCUCUUCGUCGUCUGCCUCCUCCUGGUCAGCUUAGGCCCCCUGAGCAAGGUCUGCGCUCCUGGGCCCGACCCUCACGGCCUUCCUCCCCCGCGGGGCCCCGCCCCCGCGCCCUCCGCCGCAGUUCGCACGGUCUCCCCGUGGCCCCGCAGGUGCGGAACCAAGAGACGUGGGCCUUCCCCGCGUGCGGCGUGGUCGUGGGCCUGUGGCUCAUGAUCUCGUCGCUGCCGCGGCGCCGCCUGGUGCUGAACCACACGCGCGGCAUCUACCACUUCUCCAUCCAGGGCCGCACCGUGUGUCAGGGCCCCAUGCACCUGGUCUACGUGCGCCUGGCGCUCAGCUCGGACGCCUACGGAAAGUGCUUCUUCCAGCUGGUGCUGUGCGGCCACCAGCUGGAGCCGCUGGUGCUGGUGCAGCUGUCGGAGCGCUACGAGCAAAUGGAAUUCCUGGGCCGCCACAUCGCGCGGAAACUCAACAUUAACUAUUUCGACUGCCAGGCCAUGUCCUACUGGCACGUGGUCCGCCACUGGCCGCUGGGGAGCGCCUUCAGCCCGGGCAUCGUUCAGCGCAGGGACCACGCCUACAGCAAGCCGUCCCGCUCCCUGACCGAACUGGACGUGUGACGCCGCCUCCGCACACCCCCACGCCCCCUCCCAGAGCUCCAUUCUGCACCCCCAUACCCGGACCCCAGCCCACGAACCCUCCCGUCUUCAUCCUGGGGCGGCUACGGCGAGACCCACCCACUGACCUUCCUCUCAAUAAAGCUGCCGAUUCCCUCUGGAGCCGGGUCAGGCCGGGCGGGGCCUUGCUGGUGGUCACCUCCCGGGCCUCGGGGAGCCCGUCUUGGCGCCGCCUCUCCCUCCUGCUGGAGCAAACCCAGAGCGCGGCGUCCGAGCCCCGCUCCAGCCCCGCGCGCCCCCCGGCCUCCCCGCGCUCCCUGUGCGUUGGGAAUCCCAGGUGCCGGGAUCUGAUUGGUCCAGUCUAGCGUUCCUGGUCCAAUCAGCAAAAGGUGGGGGCAGAGCCACAGGACAAACCCUGGGCUUGGGGGUGCAUCGUGGACGGGAUACACCCCAAAAUUUCUGCUGCCCAAGUCCUAGGGAGUGGGCUACUGAGAGUGGAAGCCAGGGCUGAGGGCCUGCUGGGGUGGGUGGCCUCGGGAUGGGCUCAGGGUGUCCUGGGAGUUGUGCCCA